GGCGUCCAUCUUCCUCAUUAAAUUUGUGUGACAUCACUGGAGUUUCCCUCAUGGAGGAAACUGUUUUAAAAGCUGCUCACACACCGUCAGUCAUCAGUUCAGAGGAUCAGAUCAAGAGCAAACACAGCUCUCCACCAGGACCUUACCUGAAGACACACAGGGACCUCAUUCAGAAUAAUGGAAGGUGAAUGCUUGGUAGUUGUGGACGCCACACUUAACCCACAGUCCAGGAACGAAGCAACGCAGCAGAGCGUCAAACCCAGCAGCCACAGCAGCAGCAGCAAGUCGAAGCUAACCACGGCCAUGCUGGCGUUAACGCUGUGCCUCGCUUCAGCCGCCGCCGCCAUCCUCUUCUUCAACAACCACAGCAACAAGGGUCUACAAAAAGAGGAUGAUUUUGAUCUCCGUCACACCUUGAGGCAAAUUUCAAAUGUGAGAGCGGCAAUUCACUUAGAAGGUGUAUACAACGAGACACUGAACCUCCUGCAAUGGAAGGAAAAUGUGGAUCAAUACCACGCUCAAGGAGGCCUGACACUACGCGACAACGAGAUCGUAAUCCCCCACAGUGGCCUUUACUUCGUCUACAGCCAAGCGUCUUUCCGCGUCAAAUGCAGCAUCAGUGCAGAUGAAGGCGAUGAUGAUGAUGAUGGUGAUGAUGAUGAUGCCACCUCACAGCCCAUGGUCCACCUAAGCCACACCGUGCAGCGCUGGACCAGCUCCUACGGUCUCGCCGAUGACAAGGAGUACCUUCCCAUUCUGCACUCGGUCCGCACCGCCUGCCAGAGGACGGACAGCAACAAUUCUGAUGAGAACGGGCGCUGGUUCUCUUCCGUCUACAUGGGAGCGGUGUUCAACCUGAAGAAGGGAGACCAGCUGAGGGCAGAGACGGAGCAGAAGCUGCUGCCUGACCUGGAGGAUGAGGCCGGGAAUACCUUCUUUGGUGUGUUUGCCUUGUGAGGAAGGAGCUCUGGAUUCAUGAUGGAUCCACUGGGACGUCAGGGUUAAGAGCCUUCACAAGGUUAACCAAAACCAAGUUACUAGAACCGUAGUAUUUGUACUACUGAGUGUGUACGACCAUAGAAACCUCUAUAGGUCUGCAAUGUUAUGUACUAUGUACUACCACUUAAUGUUAGUACCUUUUGCUGUACUUUAGUUGAUAAAUGUUUGUAUGAAGGUACUGAAACUGCUGCAUAUGUAACAGGUCACUACAAUCUGACAGGUGGAUUCUCAUAAUGAAUGUUUUAUGUUAUCUUUGCAAUGUAUUGAUUAUAUUGCAACAAUAUUGUAUUUCUGAAAUAUUUAUUUAUUUAUUUAUUUUUCUAAGUGAUAUUUGUGUGAGAUUUCAUAUGUAAUUUAUUGCAUUAUUUAUUCAU